AUGAUUGCCCGUGGAGACAUGGGAAUGGAGAUCCCGUUGGAGAAGGUCUUCCUCGCUCAGAAGAUGAUUAUCUCCAAGUGCAACCUUGCAGGCAAACCUGUAAUUGUCGCUACGCAAAUGCUGGAGUCGAUGAUUAACGCUCCUCGUCCUACUCGUGCGGAGGUAUCCGACGUGGCCAAUGCAGUGUUGGACGGUGCUGACGCAGUGAUGCUUUCGGGUGAGUCGGCCAAUGGCCAGUUCCCGGUGAACGCUGUUCGGAUGUUGGCAAACACUGCCCUGGAAGCGGAGUCUUGCCUUGACUACAAGGCCUUGUAUAAAGCUAUCCACUCUUCCGUUAUGGCUAAGGGACCGGUGGGAGUGUCAGAAGCUAUUGCGGCUUCUGCGGUGGAGUCUGCUGAGGACGUGAACGCUUCUGUAAUUGUUGCUCUGACUCAGACUGGUUAUACCGCGAGACUGCUUGCCAAGUUCAAGCCUCGCCAGAUGAUCAUUGCAGUACGACCACUCUUAGAGGUGUGA